AUGCGUCGAACAAUCAUGAAUCUCGCCCGUGCCAAAGUCCUCAAGUUUGAAGAUCUCGACUCUUCGAAGUGCAAAUGGGUUAAGACUCAGAAGAUCUUCUACGAGGAUCCCGAAGGAAAGCAACGUGACUGGGAAUGUGCCGCUCGACGAACCCGAGUGCCCGGCCAGGAUAUUGACGGAGUAGGCAUCCUUGCCAUUCUCAAGAAGGAGACUGGACCCGAGGUGCUUCUUCAAAAACAGUUCCGCCCUCCCGUGGAUGGUAUCUGUAUUGAGAUCCCCGCCGGCCUGCUUGACCCCAACGAAACCGUCGAGACCUGCGCCGAGCGAGAGCUCCUGGAGGAAACUGGAUAUGUGGGAAAGGCCUUCAGCGUCACCCCCGUCAUGUUCAACGAUCCAGGCUUCUGCAACACCAACAUGAAGCUUGUGCACGUUUCCGUGGAUCUCAACGACGAGAAGAACAAGAACCCACAGCCCCAGCUCGAGGACAACGAGUUCAUUGAGACCUUCUCCGUGCCUCUCAAGACCUUCCCCGAGACUAUGCGGGAGCUCGCUGCUCAGGGUUUCAAGCUAGAUGCUCGAGUCCAGAACAUUGCCGACGGAUACGAACUAGCGCGUACUUUCCCUGUUGCCUAA